AUGUUCCGCGCUCGGCCAAAUCUCGUCCGUCCGUCUGAAGUCUCGGCCAAAGUCCAAAACCGUCGGCCGAUCACGCAAUCACGACCCGGGAAACAUUGCCCGCGGUCGGCCAAGCACAACCCCACGCCACGCCGCGCACGACCGCCGCGCGAGCCGGGAAACAAGCCUCGCGGCCGCGCAACUCGUCCGCGUACCACGCAUGCGCCGUCCGAGCCGGGAAACUACGUCCCGCGUCCGGCCGAGAUUUCAUCGGCCAAAUCUUCAUCCGUCCGACCACAGCGGCCGACCACGAAUCCGUCCGGCCACGACCGUUCCGACUCGGCCACGACCCGAUGUCCGGCCGAUCGUCCCGACCGACCGUCCCAACGCCGCGGUCGACCCGAAGCCCGUUUUGAAGCCCGAUUUCAUAUUUUCAAGCCCGGCUUAACCCUAAGCCGCCUCAAAAGACCUAGCACUAUAUAUAUAGCUUUUUAG